GGCACGACUUCGCUGUAUGACAAAGGUCAAGGUUAUUCGCAUCCAAGAUGUCGGCCUCCACGAAUAAUGGAAAGAAGCCGCAACAAAUACCGAAAUCAAUCAAAUUUCUCUUCGGAGGAACAGCGGGGAUGGCGGCCACACUCUUUGUACAGCCCCUCGAUCUGGUUAAAAACAGAAUGCAGCUCAGCGGUGAGGGCGGGACAAAAAGAGUACACAAAACCAGUUUCCACGCACUUAGAUCUAUAAUAGCCAAUGAAGGAGUGCUAGCAGUAUAUACUGGAUUAUCAGCUGGAUUGUUGAGACAGGCUACAUACACAACAACCAGAUUGGGAAUUUAUACAUCACUAUUUGAAUACGCCACAAAAGAAGGCAAAAAUCCAAACUUCUUCAUGAAGGCUGUUAUAGGUUGUACUGCCGGUGGUAUUGGUGCAUUCGUUGGUACACCGGCAGAAAUAUCUCUCAUAAGAAUGACUGCAGAUGGCAGAUUGCCGGAAGCAGAGAGACGAGGAUAUAAAAGUGUUUUUAAUGCUAUCUACAGGAUAUCCAAUGAAGAAGGGGUUGCUACUCUAUGGCGAGGAUGCUGGCCAACUGUAGCACGCGCAAUGGUAGUUAAUGCAGCACAACUUGCAUCAUACUCACAAGCCAAAGAGGGACUUAUUAAAACAGGGUACUUCAGCGAAGGAUUAUUCUUGCAUUUUGUUGCUAGUAUGAUCAGUGGUCUGGUGACAACAUUUUUCUCAAUGCCAGUUGAUAUUGCUAAAACUAGGGUUCAGAACAUGAAAGUGAUUGAUGGUAAACCGGAGUACAAAGGAGCUGUGGAUGUUAUUUCAAAAGUGAUCAGAAAGGAAGGUAUAUUCAGUCUGUGGAAGGGAUUUACACCCUACUACGCCCGACUUGGUCCACACACGGUGCUAACUUUUAUAUUCCUGGAACAGAUGAACAAGUACUACAAGAGGCUAGUCCUCAAGGAUAUGUCGGAAGGAGGUGGUGGCUUAUAAUGAAAGUUGACACGUAGGAAACAGUAGAAAAAUAGAUGUUUAGAUCACCACUGUGUCAAUAUUGAAAUGUUAACACAAUAUUCUGUCUUCUUCAUGUAAUAUUAUUGCCAUGUUUUAAUGAUUGAUAUAUCAAAUAUUUGUGCUUUACAAAAUUUUGCAAAAUUUAGAAACUGACUCAUUACGCAAAGUUUUUUACCUUUGCAUUUAAGCUGUAAAUUUUUCUGGUUUAAACUGUUAAUCCCAGUUUUCACAAGUACUAAUUGUAACAUAUUAAAGAAAAAUGCUAAAAUGUGAAAUUUAAUCCCUUAAAAAUAGUCUUUACUUUACAGUAUAUUUAUAUUUUCACUGGUUGAAAAUUGGUUUACUGUCCGACAGUCCCUUUGCAAUAUACCUAUUAUACGUGUAUUGAAAAUAUGUCAGCUAUACUGUCCUGAAAGAGUGUUUGGUGAUGUGCAUUUUGUGCAGAAUAUAUCAUUGUGAAGAUUUUCUAUUUGUAUUAGAUUAUGUAGUUUAAAAUAUGUUUUGAGAAAUCAGUUUAUAAUAAUCCUUCUCUUGUAUUUAUCAAAUAUGUUUUGAUUCUCUAAAAACGUUAAGAUCUUUGAUAACUAUUAUAUAUAAACUUACAUUAUAUGAGCCGCGUCAUGAGAAAACCAACAUAGUGGCUUUGCGACCAGCAUGGAUCCAGACCAGCCUGCGCAUCCGCAGUCUGGUCAGGAUCCAUGCUGUUCGCUAACGGUAUAUCUAAUUCCAAUAGGCUUUGAAAGCGAACAGCAUGGAUCCUGACCAGACUGUGUGGAUGCGCAUGCUGGUCUGGAUCCAUGCUGGUCGCAAAGCCACUAUGUUGGUUUUCUCAUGGCACGGCUCAAUUAUUGUUUUAAGAAGAAAGUUGUAACACAUAUUUGCAUUUUGACAAGGUUCCUAUGAUUAAACUCUAGUCUCUUCUUGCCAUGAAAUUUUACAUAAUUCAGAAACAUUGUAUUCCUUUCAAUAUAUGUAUUAAUGCAAUGCAGCACUGCUUCAUAAUACAUCUGCUUGUCAAUACAAUGUGGUCAUCUAAACCUGCUAAAUUUCUAAAAUGGACUGGUCCGUCAUUCAAUAUGGGCAGUACUACUUGUUUAUCAAGGGGUCGUUUUCACUGAAAAUUUACUGACUGAAUAGCGAACAGUGCAGACCAUGAUCAGCCUGCACUUGUUGGAAAGGCAGAUUCACUUGCUGACAGCAGGCUAAAGGUUAAAUACAUACACCCAAUUGACAUGUGCAAAAUGUGGCAAAAUAUAUUCUAGUGUUGUAUUUUGGUGUUUCAAAAUAUGAUAUUUUACGUAAUGUUUACCAACACUUCAUUUAGAUCAUUUACAAUAAAAGUGCACAUUACAUUCUUAAAUAUUUAAUUAGAAAGUGUAGGCAGUUGCAAGCUUUAUUCUUGUAUUGAUGUUGCUUUUUAAUAUUUUAUGGAAGCCAACAGCAAUCAUGAAACAGUUUAUAAAUAUAUUUGUCGCAAAAUAAAAGUAACUAUUGUCAGUAAUGAAAUUGUAUGCUUUUGCCAUUAUGUUAUAAUUGAGAACAUGUACUAUGUUCCUGUUGAUUACCCCCAUGUUUAACCAGGUGUUAUGUGCUUAUGUAAUUUCAACCAUUAUUUGAGCCGUGCCAUGAGAAAACCAACAUAGUGGGUAUGCGACCAGCAUGGAUCCAGACCAGCCUGCGCAUCCGCGCAGUCUGGUCAGGCUCCAUGCUGUUCGCUUUUAAAGCCUAUUGGAAUUGGAGAAACUAUUAGCGAACAGCAUGGAUCCUGACCAGACUGCGCGGAUGCGCAGGCUGGUCUGGAUCCAUGCUGGUCGCAAAGCCACUAUGUUGGUUUUCCCAUGGCACGGCUCAUUUGUUCUACCAGCCAGUGAUUAAACUCGAAUAAGCGUGUAGAGAUACAUGAAUUUACUGCUUUAUUUUUGAAACACAACAUAUACAAUGCAAUAUUGAGAGAGAGAGAGGGAGUGGGGGAACUAAGUCUGGAUUGUUGUACAGACAUUGUAGUAUUUAAGAAGAUAAUUUAUUAAGGAUUUGGGGUUUUUUUUGGCAGAUUUUUUAGCAGUUUUGGGGUCAUAUUUCCAGUUUGAAAAAGUACUUUUUUCCCUUAUUUGAAACAAAGUGUCCCAAGUUGAGUAAAAAAAAAAUGGUUAAAAUUGAUUAUUGUUCAUAGAGGUUAUACCGUACAUACGUUUCUAAUAAAGAAAAUAUGAAUCUUGUGGAAAUAUUUUGCAUGCAUUUAUAUUAACCAUAAUAUUGAUUUCUGUUAAGCCUUGGCAGCUACAAUGUCUAUGCUGUGAAUUUACAUGUAUCUGCUAAUUGCUAAUUUUCACAUCACACCACCGCUACAGGGCUUGGUUAAAGUAAGAAUGGAAGGACUUCCGAAUACAUUAUGGGGCUCUUUCACUUGCACCUAGAGUAUGGUCUGUAGACUGAUAACAUAUCUAUAAAAAGAUCCUUUGGAAGCAUAGAAUGCAACCAAGCGAAAUAAUAGCAGACUCUGUAAGUUCAGGCAGAAGGUGCUUAUUAAAAACAAGCAUGUUAUCCCAGUCAAAUAAUCCAGGGAUACAUAUUUACUGCUGUCCCUCUGUGUCUGUGUUGCAUUCAGUUUUGAGUACUAGUGAUUCUAGUUUGAUCCAUGCAACUGCGUGUAGUGCACACAAAAGUUCAAACCAGUGCUGAUCAUUUAAACUUUGGUUUUCAUAGAUCUUACUAUCAGGUGAAAGUGCCAUCAAUUAUAUUUUCAAUUUGAACACUAUAGUGAUGAGAAACCUGUGGAGUGUUAAUGGUUCUGAGGUUCAUACUGAAUGUACUUGAUGUUUGAUGGACUGAAGAACUGCACAGACUUGCAUUUAUUCAAAUAACUUUACAGACUGGUGCAUUCUAUCCUAUAAAUCUUUUAACAUUUUUUAUUUAUAUCUAUUGGAUUUGUUUUGGUUUAUAUCUGUAUCUUUAUAUUCAUGUUAAGUUUAUUUAAUAAUCUGUGCUUUUUGAAUUUGUAGUCAUUUAUAAGGGGCCUCCGUGGCCGAGUGGUUAAGGUCGCUGACUUCAAAUCACUUGCCCCUCAUCGAUGUAGGUUCGAGCCUCACUUGGGGUGUAGAAUUCUUCAUGUGAGGAAGCCAUCCAGCUGGCUUACGGAAGGUCAGUGGUUCUACCCAGGUGCCCGCUUGUGAUGAAAUAAUGCAUGGUGCAGCACCUGGGGUCUUCCUCCACCAUCAAAGCUGGAAAGUCAUAUGACCUAUGAUUGUGUCGGUGCGACACAAUAAACCCAACAAAAUAAAUAUAAAUAAAUGUAGUCAUUUAUAUUUUAAGAAUUUAUUCCAUAAAGCUUCAUUGAACAUGGAUAUUUAUGUGAAUUUGAAUAGAGUUCUCUAUCAGUUCUCUAUAUGUGUGAUGUAAAAUGAUAAUGAUGAAGAAUACUUUAAUCCUGUCCUGAAUUGAACUUAAAAAUAUGAAUCUGACGGAUGUUUUUAAUACGUUGAGACUACCUAUCAAAUGUUUAUUUUUGUUACCCAAUACUUAUUCUGCAAUUUAUCCAUAACAGUAGAAUUUUACUUACAUGGUAGUCUCCCUUGUUUGAAAAGUCAACUUGUUCAUGGUUUGAUGUUUAGAUAAAUUUUUUGAUUUACUGUUUAUAAAUAAGAAAUUUUUUAAAAAGUGCUAUUUGAAUUUCUUUGCAAAAUGGAUGUGAUGAUCAUUGUGGCAUACAUUUUGUGACAACAUUGAUUAAUGUAUAUUUAUGGGAGGUAAUCUCUGUCAUGAGUUUGUAAAAGUAGCAUGUCUACCCAUGACAACAUUUUUAGUAACUCAUACACUGAAGAAAGUAUUUUGCUUUAAUCCUAGUUAUCUAAGGAUCACAGUUAUAUAACAUGAAAAGAAAAAACUUGUAAUAUCUGCAGGUUGUAGUACCAUUUAUGAAAUGUAUGUUUCUUAAAGUAAAAAAGUACAUGAAUUUAGGUUUAUCAAACUCCAGUAUUUGUGUGUUUGUGUUAUGUAAUGUAGUAUUUAAAAUAUUCAAGUUUAACUUGUAUGUGCUUUGGCAGUAACAGUGCUAUAUUUUAAAUUUUCACAUUAAUUUUGUUUACUUCUUGUACUUACACAAAAAUGUUAUUUAAUGCAUUUCUGCUUUUCAUAUUUUUUAAUCUUUGCUAGGAAAAAAAAAACACAUUUGGUUUUGACUGAUACAUUUAUGAUAUGCAGCCUUUAAAGGUGACCUUUUUCCACAGGCUGUUUCCAUUUUAUGUCUUCUUCGUAAAAUACUCCCUUGUUUUUCCUCAAAAAGAGAUGUUUAUUGAAGUGUUAAGAAAUAUUUCUUUUCAAUUUUUGAUAAAUAGGAUAUUUCAAAUCAAAUAUUUCAGUUAAACAGCAUAUUUUAUAGAAUUCUUUGGCUAAAAUAGCCAGGAUAUUUAGAGGGAAAAAAUAUUUACAGUUUUACAUCUUGCAAGUAAUUUAUAUUGCAUUUUGCAGCAAGUAAGUGAUGAAAAACACCAAAAUGUUAAGCAAGAAUCGGUGGGCAAUAUAAAGAAACAAAAACAGCUACCAGUAACUAAUGUCUUAUGUAUAGUGUUUAUUGUGUUGUUAAAUAUAGUUUGAGAUGUGCACGUAGUAAUGGGUAACAGUAGUACAAUAUGGCUGUAUACUUGGAUGAGAACCAGUUCGAAAAAUUAUAGUUGACAAGCUGCUAGGCAAGUCCAAUAUGUUUUCCAGAUGGGUACAUGUCCUAUUUUAUCCUAUAUUGUACAGAACUUUGUUUAAUAAUCCUUUUUAUUUUAUACUUAUUUUUUUGCAGAAACAUCGCAGCAAUCAUUUCUUGAUGUUGAUAUUCAUUCCCGAUAUUUUUAUCGGUCACCAGCUUUUAUCAUUUAGUUAAGGUGGAGAUUCAGAUCAAAGUUGUUGGAAUAUAUUGUAUCCAAUAUGGAAAUAUGAUGGACAGUCAUGUGGAACAAUUGGAAAAGAAAAAAUAGGUAUAGAAUAAUAACUGUUAUUUAUGAUUUUGAGAAUCAUGCUGUGAAUAAAGCUGUUACAAAAUGUCAGAAA